AUGACAGGCAGAGAAAUUCUCCACAAGAUGAAGUUGAAGGCUGGGUUCUGCGGAUCAGAGACGGGGAGAGGGAAAAGCAAGACGUGGAAGAACAUAGCGCACGGUUUCCACUUUGUGAAAGGCAAAGCAAACCAUCCCAUGGAGGACUACCUUGUGUCCGAGUUCAAGAAAGUGGACGGCCAUGAUUUGGGUUUGUUUGCUAUCUUUGACGGUCACUUGGGCCAUGACGUGGCCAGCUACUUGCAGACCAAUCUCUUUGACAACAUACUCAAACAGAAGGAUUUCUGGAGUGAUGCGGAAAACGCAAUAAGGAAAGCAUACAUAUCAACAGAUGCACAGAUAUUAGAGCAGUCGCUUAAACUUGGGAAAGGAGGAUCAACGGCUGUGACAGGGAUUCUGAUAGACGGGCAAAAGCUAGUGGUUGCUAACGUUGGAGACUCACGUGCAGUCAUGUCAAAGAACGGUGUUGCCUCUCAGCUCUCUGUUGAUCAUGAACCAAGCAUGGAGCAAAACGAUAUUGAGAGCCGUGGUGGCUUUGUUUCAAAUUUUCCAGGGGAUGUUCCAAGAGUUGAUGGACAACUAGCGGUUGCGAGGGCGUUUGGUGAUAAGAGCUUAAAGAUACAUCUGAGCUCAGAACCGGACAUAACACACCAGGCUAUCGAUGAUGAGACCGAGUUCCUUGUUUUCGCCAGUGAUGGAAUCUGGAAGGUGAUGUCGAACCAAGAAGCUGUGGACGCGAUCAAAAGCAUAAAAGAUCCACAAGCGGCAGCCAAGGAAUUGAUAGAAGAAGCAAUCUCUAAGCAGAGCAAAGACGACAUCUCUUGUAUCGUUGUUAGCCAGAAAGAGUUAGGGUUAAAUCGAAGUGAGAAAGGGUUUUGGUGUGCGAGCGGAAACAUGUACGAUGUAAUGUUGGACGAGGCCAAGAUGUGGCUUGACGAACCUCCGAAGCUCGAAACUCCGGUCUAUUCUCGAGUAGACGACGAAGAUUCCGACGAAGAUGAUGAGGUGGAUCCGGUGGUAGAGGAGAAGUAUCAUCGACAAGUGAUGGAGUCUGGUGGAUUCGAUGUGGACUUAUUCUGUCAACCAUUUGGUGGGAUAGUUCCCAGUGGAUGUAGUGCUUAUCACGUACUCUUCGGAAAAGUCGGACUCCAUUGUUACAACAUUGACAAGGGGACAAACUUGGAGUUUAUUAUGGUAAAGAAAGUCAAUGCAGAAAUCGGAUCCCUCUUCAACUUCUACAUCACAUUGGAGGCCAUGGAUCCUUGUGUCAAGAAUUCAGUUGUUACAUUCCAGACCAGAGUCACCGAUGCUGUGCUCAAAUACAAAGCACGUUUGAGAAUGUUCACAACAACUUGCAGAAUAAAGCCUCGAGCACCAGGAAGUGGAGAUUCUGGAGAAAAAGGUUACCGAUGGUACCCAGAUGAUGAUGGUGAUGAUGACUACUACAAAGGUGAUUUGCCAGGCUGGCUACAAGACGAUGCACUUACGGGAGGAGAUAAGCUACAGUUCUAUGAGGUGAAGGAAUGGGAGUUGCGGGACAACAAAUGGCUUCAACUCUAUGCUGAAUUUGCAUUGUUUUCCGAGUGGGACACUGACCUGAGCGCUUAUUUGCCAUUUGAGAUGAAGUCAGUAGUGGUACGAACAAAGGAAGAUGUAGCUUCAAGUAUGAAGCUGAAAUCUAGGAAUGCUAUCUUCUACAUGAGCUUCACGGCCCGUGGUGGUCCAGAGUGUAGAGGUAUAAUCAGAAGAACCAGUGACGGAAGACCGGGACACAUGUUGUUCCUUGAAGCUAUGUGUUGGAUCAAGAAGUAG